GUUUUGUCACACUCAGAGUCCUGCAUUAAUUGGUAAUGUGUGGCCAACAGGCUCCUUCUCCCCUGAAACCUGUGCAUUUGUUUUGAGACCUCUUUGGAGGUCAUUUAUUCUAUAAAUUUGUUGCUGUUAGGUCCUUAUUGAACAUUUUCACUCAACAAGAAAUCUUGUUCCUUUCACUCUUCUGAAAAGGACGUAUUACCCCCCCCCCAAGGCCAGAGUAUAAGGAUCUGUAUCAUAUUUAUGCACAGCCACUGGCAGCUAAACACAAGGCCACCUAUCCAUUUUUCCUGCGAUUUGCCCAUACGUUAACCCUAAAUUGUGCAAGAUAUUGUCCUUAUCUUCACAUACAACUAGCCUUCCUAUAGGUUUAUCUUUUUUCCCUAUUAAUAACAUCGGCAUCAACCAUCAUUUCUACCGGCCAGGUGGCAACCCUUCAUACAACACUGGACUGGCAUUUAAAAUGACCGAGAGUCUAUUUAUAAGUAACCGUGGGUGAAAGCCGAUGUGGUCUAACUCCUCCGUGAAACAGGGGACACCCCUGCCAGCACUGGUCUUCACCGACGCCCUUUUGGGGCCCCGGAACUUUCUGCUGCAGAACUGACAGGGAACCUGCACACGUCAGAGGUCAACAAAGCAGAUGGUGAACAGAGACAAAACAGAUCAUGGGGACGAUAACAUCCAUUUACUCUAGUCGUGCAGAGACCUCUAAUCAGUCUAACAACACAGGAGGUGAAGAAGAAGAUGAUUUGCUGGAUGGAAAAAACAGAGAGCAAGAUAUUGCUCAAUUUCCUUACGUUGAGUUUACUGGGCGAGACAGCAUUACUUGUCCAUCCUGCCAGGGAACUGGAUGCAUCCCUACAGAACAAGUAAAUGAGUUGGUGGCAUUAAUACCAUACAGUGACCAGCGCUUGCAACCCCAAAGAACAAAGCUGUAUGUUUUGCUCUCAGUUAUCCUUUGCCUCUUGAUAUGUGGCCUGGUUGUAUUUUUCGUGUUUCCACGCACCGUUCUGAUAGAAGAUGGUGGUAUCAAGAUGGUAAAAGUAUGGUUCGAUACAAAAAAUAAAGUUGUCAUCCUUGGAAUGACCAGUACCCUGAAAAUAAGCAACUCAAACUUUUACUCAGUAUCUGCUGACAGUCUAACCAGCCAAGUGCAAUAUAUGAAUACCGUAAUUGGAACACAACAGAACAGUAAUGUGUCUCUAAUUCAUCCACUCAGUGAGAAACAGGUGAAUUUCACAGUUAAGGCAGAGCUGGGUAAUACACUUUCAUAUUUAUAUUACUUCUGUACAUUGCCAUCCGUUAAAGUUCAUAAUAUUGUGGUUUUUAUGAGAACAUCUGUCAAGUUUUCCUACAUUGGACAUGUGUCACAAAGCUCACUGGAAACCUAUCAGUAUAUUGAUUGUGGGGCUAAUUCUACAAUUGUUUGGGACAACUCCAUAGCUGGACCUAGAACAUAGGCAAAUGCAAACGAUUUGGCUGAUUAGUAAAGACGUCAGUGCAUGUUUACAUUGAAAGUCCUAGCUACUGUUAUAAUUAUUCUGUGAUAUUUAAAAAAUUGGCAAUCUGUAAUAUUAGAGAAUGACAGCAGCUAGGAAUCAUUUCCCAAUUGUAAUGUUAUUUAAAAAGAUGUACAGACUCAAUAUGACAUCUGUUCAUAUUACUUAUUUAAUCAAAGGGAAGAGAAAUAAGGUAAAUAAAGCUUAAUUAACCUCUACAUGUUGAUCCUUUUUAGUUGGAGAGGGUAUUUUCUUUUUGUAGUGAACAUCGUCAAUCUAAUGAAGAAAUAUAUUCAGUCCAGAGCAGUUAAUGAAGUCUCAGGAAGGAUUUUGUUUUGAAAAACUGGCACAUACAAAUAUGAAAUAUAUAUUUUGGUGGUAAGUUUAUUUUAAGAAAAGGAAGACAAGAUUUAGAGUAUCCUUGUCUGUGAUUGAUUUGCUUUUGGCUUUGCUCUCUGCAAGUGACGUAUCCAAUAAUUAGUUGCCAGUGUGUUAGUUUGCACCAGAACCUGGGGGAUAAAAGAAAUACCCAGCUUCAUUUAUGGUAAAUAAGCUAAGCGGGGGGUUCAAAUAGAGAUGCUAUUUUGUAGCUGUUCCAGUGUAGAAUGGCUGUUGGCUCUGCCGGAAAUUGAAUAUUCUGAUAUUUGCUAUUGGCUAGUUCAUCUAGCCUAGCCUCUAGUGUUAAUAUUUUAUAUAUUGAGCUUAAGUUGUUGUUUGACUGAAGAAACAGGCGCAUUGUUCAUUGAAUGAGACUUGGCAUUGGAAGAAACAAAAAGAAAAAAAUGUAGCCACUUUUCUACUUGUAUAUUUCUUGGUACCCAUUGGCCUAUGCACUGUUUAAGUCACUGGAGUGUAGCUCAAUCUAUUUGUCUUUUUAUAUCACAAUACAGCAAUGUGAUAAUGAUGAUUUACACAAGAAUGUGUGGGGGGGAUAAGAAACAUAAGACUGAGGGCUCAGCAGCCUCAUUGGGCUCUAUCACAACUCUGAAUCUUUAAAGGGCAAAUCAACACAAAUACACUAGGGGGGUGUUAAGAACCCUAAGUGAAUCUAAUCACUUACCUUAGACCCUAGGUUGAUGCUCUUAUUCGAUGAAAAGUUCACCAGGCCAGGGUACAAUCCUUUUAGUGCCACACUAUUGUCUCUGCUGAUGUCCCAGGAAUCCUCUGGGAUCAUGUGUAAUAGAGUAAAACUUCAAACUUUAUCCUUAUGCACAUGUGCAUAGAACAUCUGAGUGACAUCUGCAGAGAUGGUGGCACUGCAUUCAAAAGAUUGACUUCUUUGCCCGGUACACUUUUCUCCAAACAGGAGCACCAACAUAUGAUAUAAACUAAGUCAUUAUAGUCCCUGGGGGCGUCCUAACAGAUUGGCACCUUUCUGGUGUGUUUGAGUUUAUUUGUCUUUUAAUUUCACUGCAAAUUGCAGAUCAAGUAUUCUAACACUUUUUUUCUUAACUGUAGUGGAGCAAACAUAAACUGAUCUAAAAUGCCUAAUUUGUUUUUUUUUUUACCAAGCAAACCCUGUUGCAAGAUAAAUCUGCCCCUAAAUUCAUGAAACAAUAGAUUCGUUUUAUGCAUUGUUGUUAUAUUCUAAAAAAGAAAAAAUAGUUAGUCCUAGUAAUUCUUAAGCAACAAUUGCAAACAGUUUGCAACCCAGUUUGCUAACUCAGCACUGGGUUGUAGACCCAAUUUUUCUCCCUGAGUGGCUUUUUAUUUAAUGAAAAAGUUUGCCAGCUUUUAGGUGGCCAAAUGUUAUUUUAACAAAACCCUGCUGAAAACAAAAUGAAAAUUGCUGAGGGAAAAUGGGGCCUGAAAACCAGCGUGAGUUAGCAAACCCACACGAGGAUUUGGUUAUCCUUGCUUAAACCCGAAGGUUCCAUGUAUCAUAAAUAGGGCCCUUGGGGCAGAUUUAUCAAAAUAUGAGUUUAGAGCUCCCCCCGCUUUUCAUUCAUUCCUAGGGGAUGUGAAUACUAACUUUCACCCAUUGAUAAAUACAAUUCUAAAAAAUUCCAUAGGAAUAAAUUGAAAGUGGAUGAGUGUUUUUGUGCUGAGCUUUAAUUUCACAUUUGGAUAAAUCUGCCCAUUUAUCCAAAUGUGAAAUUAAAGCUCAGCAUAAAAACACUCAUCCACUUUCAAUUUAUUCCUAUGGGAUUUUUAAGUUUAUACUGUAGUUUUACUCUCCAUUUCAACAAAUAAAUUGGCUGAAAGAGGGGGGUUAUAGGUUUACAGCUCUGCUGCUUUGAGACACUGUGAUUUCUUAAGGUAAUUAAAACCAAUAGCCCCAUUUCCAUUUAGGUGUUAGAAGUUGCCGCAGGCUGCAAUAUUUAAUGAUGUGAAGUUUUUCUGUGUGUGUCUAGCUACUUUCCCUUUAACUCUGGUCUAUCCUAUCGUUCACCUUAUGGAUUUUUUAACGACUGAUGAAGAUAAUAGCAAUAACAAAUGAUUGUGUUGUCUGUUUAUUGUUUAUUUACAUUUUCAAAAUCCCUUGUUGCUUUCAUUAGUUUGCCACUGAUCAGAUACCAAGAAAGAAAUGUUUUUGUAUUAUGUGGAGAAAGGCGAUGGGAUAAUUUCUGGACACUUAUUGCUUUGUCACAGACCUUGUCCCUACCAUGACUGCAGCCAAGAUAGGAAAGUAAUCCCCUGCUAUUCAGUGUAGUAGAUAUCACUGUGCAUGUUGGGUGGAUACAACUCCAGCCACAGGAAUCAAGAGGGUAUCAAUGCUCAGCUUCAUCCUGUGGCAUCUAAGAUUUCUACCUGUCAGAACAUGGGGCGAUUCAUCCUGCGGCUGUGCUUGAACUAACUGUCUUUGUAAGGACAAUAACAGAAAUGUCACAUUUUUGUACAAGUUGUAAUUCUGCUGUCUAAAAAUCUUUGGUUUAGGCUGUGUAAAUACAUUUCUCUAAUAAAUAUUUGUUCUACUA